AUCAUCAUAUAUAUAUAGCGAUAACCACGUAAGGUGUUGUUUACAAAGACAAAACUAGGGAAAAUCGACACGUUCUAAAGAAAAGACACAGACGUUUCUGGUCGGCGAAGUUUCCUUCCUUACCUUUCUUGUUCCCUACUCCUUCCUCUUCUUCUUCUUCUUCUUCUCUAUUUCCCCUUCUUUCUAUCUCUCUCACUCUGUCUCUGCAAUUUUCUGAAAAUGGGUUUGUUGGACUCACUUCUCAAUUGGCUCCGCAGCUUAUUCUUUAAGCAGGAAAUGGAACUAUCUCUCGUCGGUCUUCAGAAUGCAGGAAAAACAUCUCUUGUUAAUUCCAUUGCUACAGGGGGCUAUAGUGAAGACAUGAUUCCCACCGUUGGAUUUAAUAUGAAAAAAGUUACAAAGGGAAAUGUGACGAUAAAGCUUUGGGACCUUGGAGGGCAACGGAGGUUUCGUACCAUGUGGGAGCGUUACUGCCGUGGGGUCUCUGCUAUCGUAUAUGUAGUUGAUGCUGCUGAUAGAGACGGUGUUCCGAUAUCCCGAACUGAGUUACACGACCUCUUGACAAAACCUUCCUUGAGUGGAAUUCCUUUGCUUGUUCUUGGUAACAAAAUUGACAAGUCAGAAGCUCUUUCGAAGCAAGCUUUGGUGGAUCAGCUAGGUCUGGAAUCAAUCAGUGAUAGAGAGGUGUGCUGCUACAUGAUUUCAUGCAAAGAUUCCGUAAAUAUAGAUGUUGUCAUCGAUUGGCUAAUCAAGCACUCGAGAUCCGCCAAAUAAGCAGGGGUGGAAUGUUUUCGCCUAUAUUGUCUCCUUGCUGGUGAAGGAAAGGACCCAUGUCUACAAGUUGAAAUUCCGGUAAAAAUUAUUCAUUGAAAUUCCCUUCGAUUUAUGUUGUGUGUGAUCCGAAUGAGUUUUUCGUGAACUGCUCGAACGAAUUUAGGCCUAGCUUCGAUGUAGAUAGCGUAGGAAGUAUUGAUUAGUGCCCCCUUUGCAGAAUAUUAAGGGAGGCAUUAAUCUCCUUUAAUGGAGUCCAAAGAGUGAAUUAGUUUUUAAUGUAAGUUAUGAUCAACUUCAGUGUGAUUGGUGUCCAAAUGUGUGUCUUGUCAUGAAAUGGUUAUGGGAGACUUCCCCCAUGAGCUAAAUUCCACAUAUCAAAGUGGAUUUGGGAAAGGGUCACUGGAAACAGAUUUAUAUACCACACCUUAAGGUCUCUAUGGUAAACACCUUUGGUGUGGGAGUAAUUUAGGUCAUUAUUAAGUUUGAUUUAAUUCUGUUAUUAGUCCCUGUAUUUUACGAAAGUUACGGAUUUAGUUUUCGUAUUUUAA